AUGCUGACGGUGACGCUGAGGACGCUCCAGCAGCAGACUUUUAAAAUUCACAUCGACGACGAGGAAACGGUGAAAGUGUUGAAGGAGAGAAUCGCGGAGGAGCGAGGUCAGGAUGCGUUUCCCGCCGCGGGACAAAAGCUCAUCUAUGCAGGUAAAAUCUUGAACGACGACACGGCGCUCAAAGAAUACAACAUCAGCGAGAAGAACUUUGUGGUGGUCAUGGUCACCAAGCCCAAAGCUACCCCCGCCCCUCAAACUCCACCAAAGUCCACCCCCCAAUCGGCGACGCCCUCGUCAACAUCAGACCCGCCGUCCUCAUCUUCAAGUUCCGCCUCCUCGUCCGUCCCUCCACAAGAAGCUGCUGCCGCAGUUACGCCCGCCGCCACGCAGUCAUCCGAAGUAGCGCCACCCGCCCCGGAGAACACCCCCACCACUUCUCCCGAGGACACGUCCCCCCCGUCGGGCACCGCCCGAGACCCCCCGGCCGGGCAAAGCGAGCCGGCAGACCCGGCCCGGAAAGAGCCCGCGGCGACGGAGGAAACGGCGAGUCCGACCGCCGUCAGGUCAUCGGCUUCCAGCCCGGCGGCGGACGAGCGGGGCCUUCUGGAGGAGGCGGCGUCCAUUUUGGUGACGGGCCAGGCCUACGAGAACCUGGUGUCGGAGAUCGCCGCCAUGGGCUACCAGCGCCAGGCCGUGGUGUCGGCGCUCCGAGCUAGCUACAACAACCCCGACCGCGCCGUCGAGUAUUUGCUAACGGGUCUCCCCACUUGCGAAAAACCGCAAGACUCGCCGAUAUUUUUCAGUGUUGUUCACGCCUUCCCAUUCCCGUCAGGCCCGCCCGCUGAUGUCUCCCCAUCCUCACGGAACCCGCUGGAGUUCCUGAGGAACCAACCCCAGUUCCAGCAGAUGCGUCAGAUCAUCCAGCAGAACCCGGCGCUGCUGCCCGCCCUUCUGCAGCAGCUGGGGCGGGACAACCCACAACUGCUGCAGCAAAUCACGCAGCAUCAGGAACGCUUCGUCCAGAUGCUGAACGAGCCCCAAGGGGGUGGCAGCGGCGGCAGUGGCGGCGGCGGCGGAAGCGAUAGCACCGAACCGCGGGCGGCAUCCCGCUCCAACUACAUCCAGGUCACGCCGCAAGAGAAGGAAGCUAUCGAAAGGUUAAAAGCGCUGGGCUUCCCCGAGGGUUUGGUCAUUCAGGCGUACUUUGCCUGCGAGAAGAACGAAAACCUGGCCGCCAACUUCCUGCUGCAGCAAGCCUGGGAUGACGAGUAG